CUCUCUCUCUCUCUCUCUCUCUCUCUCUCUCUCUCUCUCUCUCUCUCUCUCUCAGAAAUGGAGGGUAGGAUCAAGAAGAUUAACAAGGAAGCAUGGAUUGCGGAGGAAGACAGAAAACUAGCUGAGGUCGUUGCAGUAAGCGGCGCUAGAAGAUGGAAGGCCAUUGCAGCUAAAGCUGGCUUGAAUAGGAGUGGCAAGAGUUGCAGGCUAAGAUGGAUGAAUUAUCUGAGGCCCAACAUAAAGAGAGGCAAUAUUUCAGACCAGGAAGAGGAUUUGAUACUUAGGCUUCACAAGCUCCUCGGAAAUAGGUGGUCUUUGAUUGCGGGGAGAUUGCCGGGUCGGACAGAUAACGAGAUCAAGAACUACUGGAAUUCUCAUUUGGGCAAGAAAAUUAAUAACCGAAAGGAGAAGCAGAUUAGUCAAGCUUCGAGCGAAAAGGACGAGACUAAACAAGUAAGAGAAUUAGAAGAGAAGAAAACAUCAGAGAGUAGUAAAGAGCACUUAGAAGCUAUCACCAGCUUCGAUGUGGAUGAUCUCUUCGAUUUCUCCAUGAGGACCCCUCUAAAUCUCGACUGGCCAAACGAGUUCCUUCUAUCGGAGGAUGACAAUGCUUCGAAAGGAUCAUGCUCAUGAAUCCACAAAACUCUUCAUGAAUCUAAUAAACCACAACUGUUGAUUUCCAUAUACUUUCGAUAAGUUCAAUCUACUGUUGUUUGAAGUCAGUGCGGAUCAAAAUUUUUGAUCUGUAAAUGUUCAAUCUGGUGCUGCCUUGAUCAGCAAA